AUGCGUGGAGUAUUGUAUAGUGAUAGUUUUAUCCAUGUUAUGGAUGUCAACGGGGACAAAUGGGGCGGGAGUUGCAUCCCCCGCCCCCACCCCCACCCCCGAAAUUCCCCAUUCUCCCGCCCCGCCCUCGCCCCCAAAAUUCCCCCAUUCUCCCGCCCUGCCCUCGCCCCGAAAUCUCUAUCCCCCCCUCCCAGCAAAGAUGGACGAAGGCAGAUCAACGAGCGCAGGUCACGGAGACUCAAGAAAUCGGGUGCAAGAAUCGUUUGGGGGUGCUGUCGAUUGGUGGAAGGCCUCAGUUGCGUUUCCGGUGGUGGUAAUCGAUCACUCGUAAUGGUGGCUUAUGAACGGAACGGUCAUAGUGAAGGCUCACAGGGCACAAUGAUUUGCCGAUCGAUUGCGAGCGGAGGAAACGACAUAAGGCAGCGACUGAACGAUCUAUCGGGAAGAGAAUGGUCGUCUCCGGGCUCGAUGAGGCCGAAGACAAGAAACGGGAAUCGCAGUGAGGCUGUUGUGGCUUCUAUGGGUGUAACGAGGACUCAAGUAGCCUCUCGACUGUUUGCUUCGUUUCCAGUAGCAAGGGGCGAACGGGGAGGAAAUCCAAUGGUUUUUGUAAAGAGAAAAGGAGGAGAUGGGUGUGAGGAUUGGUUCGAUUGA